AUGGGUCAAGCAGAGAGUAAAGCAGAGGGAGGAUCUACUCAAUCUCAAGGUGAUGUUAGUUAUUACUAUCAACAACAACAACAACAACAGCAGCAACAACUACUGUUACAACAACAAUUACUACAACAGCAACAAGCACAACAACAACAAUUGACACAACCAACCUCUUCAUCAAGUACAAGUUUAGUGUAUCAAGAUGUACCAUAUACAAGUUAUUCUGUAGAUAAACCAAAUUCAAGAAAUCAACUAUUACAACAACAACAAAAAUCACAAUCACAACAACAACAACAACAACAACAAUCACAGACACAACAAUCAACUAAUAAUAAUAAUAAUAACAACAUAGGAACAACAUUUAAAGAUGAAAUUAUAACAAUACAUAAAGCAGAUAAUACAACAAAAGAUUUAGAACCAGAACUUGAAAGAUUAUCUAAAACACCUCAGUUUUUUCCAUUAUUAAAUGAUGAUAAUGACUCUUGGUUUAAUCCUACUAGCAAUCCAUUAAGAGUGGCUGAUAUGGAUGGUAGAGGUGCUCUUAAUGUUAGUAUAGAUAUUCAAAAUUAUUUAAAAAAUUCAACUGGUUAUAUAUUUGAGAAACAAUUGGAAAUUAUUCAAAAGAUGAAAGAUGUAGAAUUUAGAAAAGCUAAAAGAUUAACAACCAUCGUUUCGCUAAAGACAAACGAUGUUACACAUACACAAAUUGGGGCUAAAGAAGUAUUGGACAAAAUCAAGGGAAACAUUAACAAGACAAGGGAAAUGGUCGUUAAAAUUGGUGAUAUGAUUGAGAAAUUGGAACAAAUCCUACCACUUGAUGAAAGAGAUAACUUUUAUCAAGAAAUUGAACAAUCAUUUUAUCCAAAUCAAGAAGAUAAAGAAAAAGAAAAAGAAGAGGAAGAUGACCAACAACAGCAACAACAACAACAACAACAACAACAACAACAACAACAACAACAACAACAAACUUCUUAA